GUGGAGCCAAAACGCAGGAAGAGGUGACUGAUCACGAUGCUUGCUAUGGAGGGAGCAGUUCAUCUCAAAGAGCUUAAUCCACAUUUCCUGCCUCUUCCAAAAUAUGUUUCUCAAAUCUCACCUAGACCAAACUAUGACUAUUAUUCGUCAACUAUGCGCUUUACAAUAUCAUCACCUGUGGCAUGGCUCCUUGCUCUAGUUAUUUUACCAGCAAGGUCAAAUAUGAUGAUAUGUGUUGGAUUAAUCACCUACUUGGCUCUAGUAUCUGUCUUAAUCACCUAAAUUAAAUAUACAUAUGGGUAAAAUUUUUAUACCCAUGUUUUAAUUCUUCAAGCAUGUUCGAAACUGUCAAUAGUUUCCCAGAAGAUUAACUCAUUAUGCACAAUAUACAUAUGGAUUUAUGCAAGAGAAUGUAAAUGGUGAAACUUAUUGAUUACUCAAUAUAUUUUUUGAAUGGUCAUUACUCUGGUAUGCCUUCUCAUUUCUGCUCUAUAUAAUUAUUUUGUACUUGGUUUGAGAAUAAAAUGAGAAAAGUUGAUCAGUGAAUUGAUGAUGGAUAAAAAUUAUGUA